CAACUUCUCCACAAAAAAUCGAAUAAAAGGGGAAAAUUUAAUAUUUUUGCACCAAAACAAAAUUAUUUACAACUAAAUAUAGCGAGAGGAAAUUAUUUUUGCCACUCAAACAUAAUUCAAUAAAAUCUGCGUGAUUUUUCCACCCACUUUGUCAUCACUCAACAUCCCCGCAGCAAUGCUUCUGCAUACAAAUUAGCAAAGAUUUUCUGUGAGGAUAUAUAAAGCAGCAGGAUGUGCUUUAGAAGUCAUUCAGUUGCUUCAGAGAGUUGGUGUUAGUUGGUGAAAAAUUUUGCAAAGAGGAUAAAUGGGGCGCAUUUCGGUGUCUGUAACAGCUUCAAUGGUGCUCAUCGCCAUGUAUUACCUUCUCGUGUUGGGCACGCUAACCGCAGCUGAGACUACCAACAUCAACAGUCAGAAGUCUUCAAAUCCCACGGAUGCCCUCUCACAGCAUUUCCGCACACGAGGCGGGCUUCUAGCCGUUCCACGCAUCUUCGUGGCACAUCACAGACCGAAGACACCGCAGGAAGUUGGAUGGUUCAUCGAUGAGGACGAAGAUAAUUCCUUCGGGGAGGUGAGCAAACGCUUCGAUGACUACGGGCACAUGAGAUUCGGCAAGAGGGGCAAUGGCGAAGGUGAUCAGUUUGAUGACUACGGACACAUGCGAUUCGGGAGGCGUCGAAGGAGUCUUCAUCACUAAAAAAGGACUUUCCAACCCCCUUAAUUGGAAAUAAUUCAGUUUUGUACAUAACCCAGGCGAUGCAACAUGGUCCCUUCUUAUGGUUCAAUGAUAUAUGGUGUGUUUAAUACUUUAAAGAGGCUGGAAUAGAGUAUUAUACAAACUGUAAAAUUUUAGAGAUGAUUUAAUAAAUUGCAAAUCCCUCAAAAUUAAUUUUAUUUCAGUGUUUUUGGGGUAAAGUUUCGUGAUGAUUUGUGGAGGAUGGAUUUAU